AUGGCAAACCUAAGAGGGGAAUGCAAGGUCAUAACUCUAAGAAGUGGGAAAGUUGUAGAGGAAGGAGCCCCAAGCAAAGAUAAUCAUGAAGAGGUUGCACCAAAACAUGGAAACGAGGAUGAAGGGGAGACCACAGUUUUACCUCCACCAAAACCAAUUUUGAAUCCCUAUGUGCCAAAGUUCUUGAAGGAGCUCAUAACCAAAAAGAGGAACUGGGAGGCAAAAGAAAUCAUAGUGUUGACUGAAGAAUUCAGCGCCAUCAUACAGAAGAAGUUGCCUCAAAAGCUGAAAGACUCAGGGAGUUUUCAGAUCCACUGCAUCAUAGGGGACAUCACUAUUGAAAAAGCUUUGUGUGAUUUGGGAGCUAACAUAAAUCUUAUGUCUCUAACUAUGAUGAGAAGGAUGAAGAUUGAGGAAGCCAAGCCAACAAGAAUAGCACUCCAAUUGGCUGACAGAAUAUUUAAGUUUCCACAUGGGGUGGUGGAAGACUUGGUAGUGAAAGUUAGAGAGUUCAUUUUCCCUGCUGAUUUUGUUGUGCUGGACAUGGAAGAAGAGGCCAACACAUCAAUUAUCCUAGGAAGACCAUUUCUAGCUACUGCUGGAGCCAUCAUUGAUGUGUAG